AUGGAUCUUCCGUCUGUGGUUGGACCAUCGCCGGCACGCGGUCUUGGACAACCUGCCGGCACGGCUAGGCUGGCGGCCGCGAAUGUGGGGUCGAAGCCCGUGCAAAGAGCUCUGGACGCGCAGUCCGUGCUUGGACCUCCACCGUCGCGUGGAGUCAAGCUGCCCACGAGUCCGGGGGUGAAGCCGGCAAAUCCUGGCCGACAAUCCGCGGAAAUCAAUGACAGACGGAGGCCAUCAAGUCCUGGCCGAAAAUCCGAGCGGGCCAAUGACAGACGGCUCGUCAAAAUGCACGUGCCGAGUGCAAGGCCUUUUCAGGCAGAUGUGCUUCAGAGGUUGUCUACUGCCUCGACAGCAGCUCCAUGGAGUGACUGUGGAAAUGAUCUGGCAUUCGGUGCAGACGUGAUGGCAGGACUUUGCUCUACUACGUAUCCUGGCUUCAUGCUUGCGUUUUUACACGUGGCCGACGCCUGUGCUCUUCGGGCGUCUUGUUGUCACAUGUCUCGCCGCGAGGAUUUUGUCCUAUACCUCCGCAAGGAAGCAUCUCUCAAAAGGCAAGACUUUCUGCUCAGUUUGCACUUGGUCUUCGUUUGCGCACGUUGA